GCAAGAUUUCUGGCAAGCACAUCAUUCCAGAAAUGACAAUAGAUUAGAGGCACCGUGUCAUUCACACACAGUAACAUACGUACUUAAACAGCGCAUACAACCAUCUCUUCAUUAUGAUUUCAUUAUUCACCGGAUUGCUGAUUAUAUUAAUAAAAUACAGAGCUGCAGAAGGUUUGGUUAACCCUGCUCCUAUUUCGUACGGGAAAACUGGGCAAAAUGUGACAAUCCACAGCCAUAUCAAAGAAAUAUCGAGUUAUUACACGUAUAUUACCUGGUACCGUCUGAGACCGAGUGGAAAGGUGGAGCACUUAGGUUACUUCGGCUCAUUCACUGCAAAGUUCGGCCGUUACUCUGGAGAGCUUCCCAAGGGAUCUGAAAAUGCAUAUCUAAAUGUCUCCGGGGCGACAAUCGGCGACUCUGGACGUUUCUUCGCUGUGGUGGGCACUUCGAGAAAGCUAACACCUGGCUCCUCAUCAGUUUUUGUCAUAACAGAUCCCGAGGUUCUCCCUGUAAUGCGCGUGUUCCUCAGUCGCACAGGGACCGCUCUCUGUGAAUUGAAAGGCGGGGGUCCACACUGGAGUGAUCCUAAGUGGGAAACUGAUGAUGCCAAGCAAGGCCUGAAGUUGUUGCAGCCUGAAGCUGAAACUUUUAUAGAUGAGCACGGUGCAUUCAUAGGGUCCUCCAUCCUCUCUUUGGAAGAAGGGGUCCGUGGUUUGAACUGUGUAUGUCAGCACAGCACCGGAGUUAUUAUCCGAACGCGGGUCAUACAAGCUCGCAAGGAUCAAUGCCAGCUGCUGCUGUAUCUAUCUCCUCUGGCUGCUGUGCUGCUGCUGGUGACUCUGACAGCCAGUGGGAUGUGGGCCUGGAGGAAGGGGAAACAGAGAUAUAAAAAGAACGGGGGAGAAAGUCACACUCCAGUGCCAGUGUUCCACGAGUGCGAGCUGUUACGAUGA